AUGGCUAUCGCUGUUAAGAUAAGCACCAACCACAUAAUCCGACGGGAACACACUUCUGUCACCAUAGAUGGCAACCCUCCCUUGGACGGUUCUGUCACCAUAGAUGGCAACCCUCACUUGGACGGUUCUGUCACCAUAGAUGGCAACCCUUCCUUGGACGGUUCUGUCACCAUAGAUGGCAACCCUCCCUUGGACGGUUCUGUCACCAUAGAUGGCAACCCUCCCUUGGACGGUUCUGUCACCAUAGAUGGCAACCCUCCCUUGGACGGUUCUGUCACCAUAGAUGGCAACCCUCCCUUGGACGGUUCUGUCACCAUAGAUGGCAACCCUCCCUUGGACGGUUCUGUCACCAUAGAUGGCAACCCUCCCUUGGACGGUUCUGUCACCAUAGAUGGCAACCCUUCCUUGGACGGUUCUGUCACCAUAGAUGGCAACCCUCCCUUGGACGUUUCUGUCACCAUAGAUGGCAACCCUCCCUUGGACGUUUCUGUCACCAUAGAUGGCAACCCUCCCUUGGACGUUUCUGUCACCAUAGAUGGCAACCCUCCCUUGGACGUUUCUGUCACCAUAGAUGGCAACCCUCCCUUGGACGGUUCUGUCACCAUAGAUGGCAACCCUCCCUUGGACGGUUCUGUCACCAUAGAUGGCAACCCUCCCUUGGACGUUUCUGUCACCAUAGAUGGCAACCCUCCCUUGGACGUUUCUGUCACCAUAGAUGGCAACCCUUCCUUGGACGGUUCUGUCACCAUAGAUGGCAACCCUCCCUUGGACGCAGCAUCAAGCCUGGUGUUCAUUAGACACCUGGUAUUUACAGACACAAGCGGAAACCAGGGAGAGAGGAAACACGGGAUAGAGGAGACACGGGAUCGAGGAAACUCGGGAUCGAGAGAACAUGGGAUCGAGGAAACUCGGGAUCGAGGGAAACACGAGAUAGAGGGAACAUAG